GAGAGUGGUGUGUUCUCUAUACUUUGUGGUGGCACUACCAACAGAUAGCGAGGCACAUACUGAUUUUUCUUUGCGAAUAAUUUUGCUCGGCGCCUCGCGUGCUGGUUUGUCUCUACCGUGUAUUCUGCUGGUUGAGUUGAGAAAAAAACCCGCAGAGAAAAGCGCGCUAGAUGAUACUAGCUAUGAAAAGGCUCUGCCUUGGCAUGUUGCUUGCUAAUCAAACUGGAGACGUCGAACUGGCAGGAGAUUUUCUUUUCUAUUUUACAAAAAUAUAAGCAGGUUUUCUGUACAAUGAUGGUGGUAGUCAAUGAACGAGUGAGAGGCCGAGUGUUACAGAGGACUUUAAAAAGGCUCAAGUAUGGAUUUAACAAACGCUGGAAACUGUUUGGGAUUAUAGCGAAAAGUCAACCGUGAUUUGGCCCACAAUGAAGUACCUUUGAGGUUUUCUGAGAUGCCAGGAUGACCUGUUAGACGAACACAUAUCCCUAGGGCCAAGUGGUGCGGACCUUAAUGCAUUCGAAACAAAAGCUACAAUUAAAGACAGCCAACAACUACAGAUAAAUCUUCCUGAAUUUCCCGAAUCGCAAUUUGCGGUCGCGAGCUUUACACUGGAGAAAAAAAGAGGAAUUUCAAUUUAAAUGCCUCAAAUUGAAUUGAAUUUGAUGGGGUAUAGCUAAGCACGCUUACGCUACAUAGUGCAGUGCAGCUCGGAUCUGAUCAAGUGACACCUCUCAUUAAGAUGCCAAACUCUAGCCAACAAUUACAACACCCUGCUGUAACGGUCAAUUGAGCACGAGGUUCUUUAACUGUUAAAGAUGUGCAUUAUCCCUUUAGGGCAACGCUCAUCGUGGCAGAUCAAGAUAACCAUCUCUAAAACUGACUCCGCGAUAGCCAUGUUUGAAAAUAAAGAGUUAACUACCACAUCUUAAAACAACUAAAAGUGACGGGGGCUUGACAGCGGGCUUCCCCUGCUUUGACACUUCGGGAUUAAUGUCCAGUCCACGCAUGCGCACAGCGGACGGUUCUCGCCUGUGUGUUUAGAUGAUCGCCUAGGUGUCAAUCACUUGGUUAACAGCCAAUGAGAGCACAGGAGUUGAGUGUCUUUCUGCUUUUAGCAUGCUGAGUGAGUAAUAUGGCCUAGUGCGUGUUGACUUGGUAGUCCGCUCUCUCAUUGCGCUCCCUGCUGCUCCGGUUUCUAUUCGUAACUCGGAUCGACUGCUGAGAGUAUGACAGAGUCUCUAGCGGUUCAUAUUAUGGACCACAGUUUGGGGAAAGGCAAUCCGAGUUUGAGACUGCUGGAUGUUCACAACCUGCACAACAGUCCCUCUGCUUCCUCUCAGCCUCCACACCAGCUCUCGCCAUUGAAUGGCACGGUGUUCACAGCACCUGUUGGGAAGUCAGAAACGCAAGCCGACAUGUUAAACCCGUUCAUGGAGAGCGCCCAUACGGCGGCACACCACUUACCCCCAGGGGCACUUAAACUCAGUCCGCCGCACCCGAUGUCGGAGCACGCCGCCGCAGGGGGGCAGGGAAACCCCCACUCGCACCAGUUUGGUGCCCAGAGCAACGGGUACGGCGUUCCCCACUCGCACGCCGCGCACCAACUAGGGAGCUACGCCGCCAGGGAUUUCCUGCUCCGUAGGGAACACAUGCCCACGUUAAGUCACGACCCCAACCCGGCGGGCCACCCCAGCAUGUUCGCACCCUCCACCGGGGGGUUACACGCACCCCACCACUCGGAGCCGGCGUCCAGCCACGUGCUUUUUCCAGGACUUCACGAUUCCGGGAGUGUUAACGGCCAGGUGAGGCUAAGCAUCCCCGGGGCGGACAUGGGCUACCCCAGGAUGGACCAGUUCGGCCAGAUGCCCCCGAUGACCAGCCCCCGGGGACAAGACCACUUCAACCAACACCUCAACAUGAACAUGAAUAUGAAUCAUAUGAACAUGAACCCCAUGGGGAUGAACCCUCACAUGAAUCACAUGAACCAUAUGAACAUGGGCCCCCACGGCCCUGGGGCGUUUUUCCGUUACAUGCGGCACCCGAUCAAGCAGGAGCACACAUGUAUGUGGCUAGACAAGGACCAGCCGGAACCCAAGAAACCCUGUAACAAAACUUUUACCACGAUGCACGAGAUCGUUACCCAUAUAACCGUGGAACACGUUGGAGGACCUGAACAGACGGAUCACGCUUGUUACUGGCAGAACUGCGCCAGGGAUGGCAAACCUUUCAAAGCCAAGUAUAAACUUGUGAAUCACAUCCGCGUCCACACUGGAGAGAAACCGUUCCCUUGUCCCUUCCCAGGCUGUGGGAAAGUAUUCGCCCGGAGUGAGAAUCUGAAAAUUCACAAACGAACACAUACAGGGGAGAAACCUUUCAAGUGUGAAUUCGAUGGUUGUGACCGCCGCUUUGCCAACAGUUCCGACCGCAAGAAGCACAGCCACGUCCAUACGUCCGACAAGCCUUACAACUGCAAGGUGCGAGGCUGCGACAAAAGCUACACCCACCCUAGUUCUCUGCGGAAACAUAUGAAGGUCCACUGUAAGUCCCCACCGCCGCCCGGGACUACCUACGACGAGGAUGGGGUCUCAGACCGCAGUGACAGCCCGCCACCUGAUAGCCCUGCCUCGCCCGCUGACACCUCCACUUCGCCAACCUCCGCUGGCAAUAACGCGCAGGCGCAGAGCCCGUCGACGUCACUGUCCAUCGGUGGCCAUAGUAACCACGUGACAACCAGCCAUCCGGCCACCAACCUGAGUGAGUGGUACGUGUGUCAAAGUGCCGCUGGAAUGCCAACACCUCCAAGUAAUGAACACUCCCCAGUUCACCAUCACGUGGGCAUGGGACAUAUACCGUCGUUACACCAUACGUUACAAUCAGUAGCGCAGUAUUGACGCCAGGAGAACUGUUCACCACGUGAUCGACUGUGACGUCAGUGUGACGUCACUGACGUGGAUACGGCCUCAGGCCGCGCGAUCUGUGUGCCCCGUUGGAUGGUUUCGCCUCAGGUAGGGAUGGGCAAGUCGUGUAUAGUUAAAAGUGCUGAGAAACUGUUCAGAGAUGUGUGUUUGAUAAGAUUGAUGCCUUAGACGUACGGCUAGUUUUGGCCAUACUCUGUGGAAAGACAGGAAUUAUUCAAGGACAUGUACAGACUGAUAUUUUGCUACACUCAGAGCAU